AUGAUAGCUGGUACCAUAGUCUGUUAUGAUGAAGGAGUUUGGGACACCAGGGCCCCCUCCGGGCCCCCAGGAAGCAACGGCAGACCUGGAACAAGAGGCCGCGGUAGUCAGGGUGGAAAAGGCAGGAGAUGCGGCAGGGACAUGAUAGCUGGUACCAUAGUGUGUUAUGAUGAAGGAGUUUGGGACACCAGGGCCCCCUCCGGGCCCCCAGGAAGCAACGGCAGGCCUGGAACAAUUGAAAUAUUCACUGAUGUUGUUCUUGGUAAUCUUGACGUCAUUGCCAACGGAGGCAAUGGACAUAAAGGCCAGGAUGGUGGAGAUGCAGCGAAGACGCGGGACAGUGGCAAAUCAGUGAGUCAAAAGAACUUAAAGUUAAAGAAAUUCGAGUCAUAUUAA